AUGGACGAGUCGUCGCUGCUGGACCUGCUGGAGUGCUCCGUGUGCCUGGAGCGCCUGGACACGACGGCCAAGGUGCUCCCGUGCCAGCACACCUUCUGCCGCCGCUGCCUGGAGAGCAUCGUCAGCUCGCGCCACGAGCUGCGCUGCCCCGAGUGCCGCAUCCUGGUGGGCUGCGGCGUGGACGAGCUGCCCGCCAACAUCCUGCUCGUCCGCCUGCUGGACGGCAUCCGGCAGAGACCCCGCGCCGGGGCGGGCGGCGGCUGCUGCGGCGGCGGCAACUGCGCCCCGGGCAGCCCCAGCGCCCAGAGCGCCGCGGCGGGGACGAGCAGCGCCGCCGCCCCGGCAGGAAGCACCUCGGGUCCUGGAGCCAACCCUGGCUGUCACGCGGCGGCGGCGGCGGCGGCGGCGGCAUCCUCCGGCUGCCCUAGCGUGGCCGCUGCGGCUGCCUCGGCCGCCGCCAGCCUUCGGGAGCUAGCCGCGGCCAGCCGGAGCGCCCUGCUGAAGAAUCCUUCGCAGCUUCCCUAUGGAAAAGCCCUCUAUGCUUAUGAAGGGAAAGAACCAGGUGACCUCAAGUUUAACAAAGGGGAUAUCAUCAUAUUGCGGCGGAAAGUUGAUGAGAACUGGUAUCAUGGGGAACUGAAUGGAAAUCAUGGGUUUUUCCCAGCAAGCUACAUCCAGUGCAUCAGACCUCUUCCACCAGCUCCUCCUCAGGGCAAAGCACUUUAUGACUUUGAAAUAAAGGACAAGGAUCAAGACAAGGACUGUUUGACCUUCACCAAGGAUGAAAUUUUGACUGUCAUCAGGAGAGUAGAUGAUAACUGGGCAGAAGGAAUGCUGGGGGAUAAGAUUGGAAUAUUUCCCAUUCUCUAUGUGGAGCUCAACGAAUCAGCUAAGCAGCUUAUUGAGAUGGACAAGACCAAUCUAGCUGCUGCAUCUGGCAGUGAUGUCCCUUUGCCAGCUGACAGUAACCUGGCAGCAAACCCGGCUCAGUGCUGUACACUGAACAGUGCCGGAGCGGUCAGUGCCAUUCAGCGACAUGUUGACGGCAAGAAGAAUGCCAAGAAGCGCCACUCCUUCACUGCUCUCAGUAUGACCCACAAAUCCUCCCAGGCCAUGAAUAACAGGCAUUCCAUGGAGAUUAGUGCCCCUGUCCUGAUCAGCUCCAGUGACCCCCGUGCUGCUGCCAGAAUUGGAGAUGUGACUCAUCUCUCAUCCAGCGCUCCAGUCCAGGAUUCCACUUCAGCCAGUUCUGCAACUAUGAUUGGACCCAGAACAAGUGCAGGCACUGGAGAUCAAGGAACACCACCAAAAGUCCAGCUUCCCCUCAACAUCUACUUGGCACUGUAUGCAUACAAGCCCCAGAAGGCCGAUGAACUGGAGCUACGGAAGGGUGAAAUGUAUCGCGUUAUUGAGAAGUGUCAGGACGGCUGGUUCAAAGGGACGUCUCUGAGAAAUGGCAUGUCUGGAGUCUUUCCAGGCAAUUAUGUAACUCCUGUUUCCAGGGUUCCUGCAGGAGCUGGUCAGCCCAGGAACCUAGCAGGCGGGUCCCCCAUGGCCAAAGGCUCUUCAGGGGCUGCUCACCCAGGUGGCCCAGCUCUUACAAACACUGCUACCGUUAUCAGACCAGCCGUUCCAAUCACUGCCCCUUCUACUCAGCCCCAGCUGCCAGCAGGCUCCCCACAGAUGAAUAACUGCUCACGGUAUUCCUCUCAGCAAACCGGCGUCCCGCCUCGUGGCUCUGUGCAAAUGGGUGUGCACUCUUCCAUGCAGGCGCAGGAUCGGCCCACAGCGACCGUCUCGCCACUUAGAACCCAGAGCUCGCCCUCCCGCCUCCCAGCAACGGUGGUCAGGCCCCACUCAGUGGUUUCUCCGCAACACAUCCACCACUCCCCUGUGCAUGUCAUCCCAGGAGCACAAUGUGCCAGGCCGAUGAUUCCCCUCACUUCCGCUGCAGCAGCGAUUACGCCUCCCAAUGUCACUGCAGUCAACCUGAAUGGAGACGCAGGAAGUGGGCCCAUCAGCAGCCUGGCAAUUUGCAGCUCAACCAGCACACCCUGCAAAGCAGAAGAGAGGAAAAAUGAGAAGAAGGAGAAGAAAAGUGGACUAUUGAAACUCCUUGCAGGAGCAUCAACAAAAAAGAAAUCCCGCUCUCCUCCGUCGAUGUCGCCAACACAUGACCCCCUGGCAGUGAUGGAGGGCAUACUGCAGGGUGCCAUGGGACCCGAACUAUCCUCCCUCUCGAGCCAUGGAAGAGCUGGCUCGUGCCCAAUAGAAAGUGAAAUGCAAGGAGCAAUGGAGAUGGAACCUCUGCACAGAAAGACAGGCUCCUUGGAUUUGAAUUUUCCAAUUCCUUCUCCCAUAAGGCAGCUGCCACCUUCAAUGGCGACCAUCCAUCCAGAACCUAAGCCGUUGUCUCGAGAAAGGUAUCGUGUUGUGGUCCCAUAUCCCCCGCAAAGUGAGGCCGAGAUUGAACUGAAAGAAGGUGACAUUGUAUUUGUCCACAAGAAAAGAGAGGACGGUUGGUACAAAGGGACAUUGCAGCGGAACGGUAGGUCCGGUCUCUUUCCAGGAAGUUUUGUGGAGAGCUUCUGAAGGUUUGCAUUCUGGACUUUAGAGACCUUUCACAGGAAAUUCCAUAGCACAAAAAAGCAACAGCAAAGGGAAAUUUUCAUAAUAUCUACUGCCAUAAUAAGAACUGUAAUUAUUAUUUCCAAAGACUCCCCAGGCUCUUUGAGGAUCCGCCUCGGAGAUGAGGCUUUUUGCUGUGCUUUCGGACCGGUGCACCGCACACGCAGCAGUACGUUGGGGUAGUGCCUUCCACUUGGAAUCAACGACCGAGAGGACGCACAUCCGGGAUGUAUUUAAGCUAAAGUCCAGCCGCUAUACUUCGUGUAAAUGAUAGAGAAAAUAUGUUUUAAAAAAUAAGAAACUUGUUAUAUUGCUGUAAUUUAUUUGUCUGAGCUGCAGUGUUCUUAUUACUGGCCUAUGCAAGAGGGACUGAGUUUUAGGAGACAAGCGACGUGACUCUUGAACAAUAGAACAGUGUGUUUCUGCAGUUGAGACUAAAGAAGUAUACAGAGUAUAAACCCAGUGAUAUUCACAUAUUGUCCAGCUAGGCAGAUUUAGGGGCCCAAAACAGUACGAUAGCUCCUUUCUAGACAUACCUCACAAUAAGCUGCUUAAGAAUACCAGCCAAGUCAUCAUCAGCUCAUGACAAGCAAAAAGGCACUGCACUCUGGCUUUCUCUAUUGUUAUCACAUCUCCAAAGUUAUUUUAGCGGGCCUCCAAGGCAUCAAAGGUUUCUUUUGUAUAUCCGUCCAUGCUGGACCCACCCUCAACAAUGAUAUGAGACCUUAGUUCACUGAAGGAUACUUCUUUGCCCCUUUUCUUGCAGCAUUUUAAUUUUGAUAGUUGCUUUACUAUAUCAACAUUUCAGAUAGGAGGGCUUUUUAAAAAUACACUGUACUUUUUCUGAUACAAGGAAUGUUAUAUAUUGCAUAUAGGUAAGAAAAUCCCGACUUUGCAAACACUUUCUAUCAAAACCCAACGCCCCAGUUCUGAAAUGUGUGGUUUAGAAUGCCAACCAUUGCCCGGAACUUAAAGACACUAAAGCACAGUUUGCUCUAGGAUAUAGAAAGUGCCACAAGUGGAAGAAAACAGACCGCAUGUGUAAUUCUCAGUCCACACAGAUGUGCAACCCUUGCACAAGUUUGGUGCGCAGUUAGCUGCACGAACAGGCUUCCCCAGAGGAAAGUGUGUUCUAGAUGCACCUUGUCCGAGCUAAUUGCGCACAAAAAGAUUGCUCUGUUUGUGGAAGAGAAUCUCUGGAUUUGGUCAGCGAUGGCGGUGGGUUAUGCCAAUCCACAAUGAAGAGAUAGCAAAUGGGUAAAACGUUUGAGUUAGAGCCAAAGAAGCAUGCGGUGCUCAUCACCUGAACAAGCACAGGGUUCAGAAGCGCAGGGUGAGAAAUCACGUAACGCUGUAACUGGCGCGGUAGGUCCGUGCUGCAGCAGCACUUGGAUGAGAACAUCGGCGGAUUUUAUUUCUCUUUCCUAAAGCAGGGCCACAGCAUGAGAUGGGAACCUUCUCUGCCAUAAGCAGAAGGCACCAUCUGUGUGCGGAAGGGCAUCUUUGAAUUUAACCCGUUUUCCUUUACUGAAUGACCUUCUGUUGGCAAACUCGAAUACUUACAUACUCCUUUAUGGACUGUUGUAUUAAAAGAUAUUAUUAUGUAUAUUUUAUAUCAUUUAUUCUAGCCAAUGCCAGAUCCCUGAAGAUCAAAGCCUUUUACUGCUUGCUACAUGCCACCAUGUGGGGAAAAAAUUACAGGACACUGCUAAAUAAGUUAGCCUGUCCCUCAUACCCAAAUAAGUUGUGUCAGAACCCUCUUCAAAGCACAGUACUCUGUCUAGACACUGCUAAUUACUGGAGAUUUGGGAGAUUUUCCAGGAGGAUUCAUUUUAAUUGACUUCUACAUGGCAAUAAAAAGAACACUGCAGGUUUCUGCAAGCACAGAGCUCUGGAUUUUUUUUCUCUGUGUGUCUGUCGUAACAUCAGAGGGAGGAUGGCUCUGCGAUUUGUUAUUGUAGAAAUGUUUUCUGUGUUCAGUUUUCUAACCUGGGUCAAGCUACAAAAUAACUAUUUUGGGCAAUAGAAGCUUCCAGCUACUAGGAAUUUAAAGGUGCAAUAAAUAGGAAACAAGAAAAUUAACCUGUAAUAAGUCCGCCGUGACAGCUGUUAACAUUUCUUUAGGAGGUGGAAGAAUAUUUUUAGCCAUCCGUGUGCUCAUCCUCGUUCAGGGAGUGCCCAUCAUCUAAAAUAUUCCCAUUAUGUUACAAUGUAUGACUUGUCCUACAUGUAUGUCCUUACUGUAUGAAACAGACAGGUCCCAGACAUACAAGCUCCUUCCAAAUUUAAAAUAAUUGAUUUUGGCUCUACUUAUUUUAAGGUUACACAGCCAAUGACCCAAUCCUUGUACUAGCUCUAAGGGCAGAUACUCGUGUGCAAAUAUUUAGGGCUGAACCGUUGGCAAGAUGCUAGGAGGCAGACAGUCGGAAGCAAAACUUUUCCCUAAUGAAAAUAUGCAGAUAAUCUUGGCUGUUCUGCAGAAAUAAAGUAACUGAAGCAAGAAUGCAAUACAUAUUUUAUCCUAAGAGUCUCUGUGAUGCAAAGGUCAAAAAGAUGACGUGUGCAAAAGUAAAUGUGAGUUCAACCAUGUUCCAGCUGUCAUUCAUGUCUUCUGCGUGGUUACUGUGCAGUCCUGUGUAUUGGGCAUUGCUCUAGAGCUUUAGGUAGGAAGCUGGCUGUUUGCCCUGUCUUUCCAAAAGGGGAAGGGCCCAGUUAUGUGCAUGCGCUUAUUCUCAGUCAUCAUACAGGUACUCCAAGGCCUACUUGCUUGGAAUUAACAGAUUAGCACCCCAGCACAAGACUGGGAAAUUUCUCAGCAGCCUUUCCCGUUUUCCUAGUGUCGCGUUGAUCUAGGUACUGAUCCUGCAAGGGGUUUUCUACGGUAUUAGAACCAGCCUUCUCGUGAUCUUGGCCCAAAGCAUGACUUUGGGCAGCACAUUUCAGGCACAGAGCAAUAUUCCUACUUCUAAAAUAGGCAUGACCUCAGCCAAAACAAAGCACUUUUGCAUCUUAUUGUUUUCACUGGAAGGUGUUAAACUACAAGUUUUGCUUUCCCAUCAAACUUUUAUCACCGAGAGGGAAACUGCACAUUAAACCUUAUGGAUGUAAGAGGAAUUUCCUGUCCCUUCUGCUUCCACCACCUGUGUGGAAGCUGGUCCUUCACAGGGCAAUUCCACCAGUUGGACUUCUGGUUUAAAAGAAAUGCUUAUCUUUCUGGGCCUAAGAAAUUUUGCUACUAUAAUUCAGAGUUCCACAAGCUGAGACUUUUCCACUACCAACAGCAAUGUUAGAAUAGUUUAAAACCACCCAGUAGCUGGUGAAAGAGGCUUAGAUAUGGGAUGGGCACCAGCACUAGAGACCAGACAAAGUAUUAAAUAAGUGAUUUGUUUUGUACAUAAGCGAUUGUUAAUAUCUAGUUUGGGGAUUUCAAAAGAUUGCUGACAAUUCUUUGGGACUCGAGAGACACUGGUGCUGUUACAAGCCAGUGAGGACUUUUUUAUUUUUUAUUUUUACCUCUGGACAAACUCUCUGACCCUUUACCCAAGCCAAAUUCAUCCCCAGCCAAGUCCAGGUAAUAUCCAACCUCCUUCUUGGGCAGCCUU